CCAGUGACAAAGUUCCAGCAAAAGAACACUGGACGGUAGAGAUUGGCUAUUGGCGAAGAGCGGCCGGAAGAAAGGAACAAUCUGAGGGGAGGAGAAGAUUCUUUUUCUUUUUUACCAGGGGCGAGGUGCGGCGGUGUUUUCCGUAAGUAGUGUUAGUGUACAGUAGAGACUACCAGACAGACAAAGAGGAGAGGGCUGAGCUGCGCAGCGCUUCGUUAAGACUUAAGGGAGGCGUAGGUGGAGUGGAGGGCGCCGAUUCGUACUAAGGAAAAGGGAACGCCACCUCGACGGAGUUUCCCAUACUCUUCCCCCUUCCUCGCUCUCUUAUAUAUUUAACCUCAACAAUCUUCGGGUCGCUUUCUUCACUUCACACCGUACCAAAAUUAUUCUCCCUCCCUUCCUCUGCUUCCGCUGCGGCCUCCCCAGGUUCGUCCUCAAUCAAUUUCUCAAUCUGAGUUCCUAUUUUCUUAUUUUGUCAAGAUCUGAAAUUGUUUCUUCGUCUGUAAAUGAAUUUCUCUGUUGCUUUUGGAUCUGAUUUUGCCUUGUUCUUCCCUUCUGCUGUGCUCCACGUCGCGUGCUUGUUUUUAAUACAUGCAAUCAUUGUGUGUGUGUGUGCGCGCGCGCGCGUGAUGGUGUUAAAAGAUGCCGUUUCCAAGUUGAAUCUGGAUGUAACUUGUUGGUACUGAAAAUGGUGGACGUUUGUCGAUGAUUUUGGCUCACCGAUCUUUACCCAAUGAGUCUCAUUUCUGUCUCUGUUUUUUUUUUUUUUGGUUUGUCAAAUUGUGGGUUGUGGAAUCUGGAGGAAACACGUUAGUGAUACAUCUUAUGAGGGAUUGUGGCUGGAUUGAUCCGUUGCAAGUAGAGCGCCUGAGCAUUCACCCUGUUGUGUUUGGUACAUGAGGAAUUAGAAUGACGAAUUGUUAUUGAUUCUCAACGAUUUCGUGGUUCGUAAAGUUUGACUUUACUGAAAAGCGCUAAGCUUUUGCUUUGGAAUAUGCCUGGUUUAGAGGAUUCCAAACCCUUUUGCUCCAUUCCUUGUGCUGUAUUCUUAUUUACUGACUGGAUGAUCCAGCUAGCUAGAGCGUAGACUUUGGAAUCUGUCUCAUUUUGUCUGUCUUUUCUUUAGAUGAUUUGAAUGUUUCCUUGGAUGGCAUGAAACAUUUGAAGUUCCACAUGGUAGACAUUUUUUAGAUUAUCUUGUAUCUACUUUACUGGUGUCAUUUAUAUGAACAUAUUCUGGAAGUUGCCAGUUUCCAAUCCCAGUGAUGAAUGCAGGUCAAUAUUAUUUAGAGAUCUGGAUAGAUCGACCUUACAUAAUCGGACUCAGUCCAGUCGUGCAUUGUAUAUGUAGAAUUUGAUAGGCGAAACUAGAUCUUGAAGCAUGAUUAUCUGUUUUGCUAACUCUUUCUCAUGAUCUUCAUCCCUUAGUUUACUCCUACCUGUUUCUUGUUCGUGUUCAACUAUAUUCUCUAGUUUAUCUUGUUCCUUAUGUAGAACUCUCCACCCAAGGACCAUCAACUGUAAAUUAUAUUUCCUGCAACUUGCAUUUUACUUACUGCAUAUGCAUGGAAUGCGCUUGAUAAUCAACAUGUGUUUUUUUACAUGUUAUAGAGCUGGGACAAUUGUGUAGUUUUACCUGCUUUUAUGUCUAUCCCCUGAGACUCUGAUCUUAGAAUUUCUUCGAAGUGAUAAGUGUAAUAAAAGUUUUGACAUUUUUUAAAAUUUUGAUUAUCUGCUACUGGUUUUUGUAUGUUUGAAAAGGUAACCGUUCACAUUCGUUAUCUCACUUUGAUACAGGGAAAUUUGUCAUACUUGACUAAUAUUUUUUCUUUUCUCCUUUUCUACUAGCAUAUUUACUUAUCUUUGCUGAUGAGUGAUAUCUAAAUGUUUGAUAGAAAUGAAAUUCCUGCCAUACUUAUCCAAUAAUUUGCAAUAAUGUUGUUUAUCAUAUCGAUCAGCUGUAUUGUACUGCUCAAUAGCAGUGUAAAAGAGAUUUCUAACGGUUCCUUUAUUAUUACAGUUGAAAGAUGGCAGCUACUUCAGCAACUUCUUUCUCCAUUGGAUCGACCAUCUCCUUUGGUCCUAAAGCGAGCCAACUCCUGCAGCCAAAACCAUCCGUUGUUAGAUUCAACUCUCAGAAGCCACUUGCAACCUUCAGUGGUCUGAAGGCAACAGGCUCUGUAAACUGCGAGUCAGAGUCUUCAUUCUUGGGCAAAGAAAGCUAUGCUGCGUUGCAGAACUCUUUAUCAUCAAGAAGUGUCAAGUCAAUGGGUAGGACACAGUAUCGCCUCAAUCCCCAGGCAUCUUACAAAGUGGCUAUUCUUGGAGCUGCUGGAGGGAUAGGUCAGCCUCUGGCAUUGCUGGUCAAGAUGUCUCCACUAGUUUCUUCUCUCAACCUAUAUGAUAUAGCAAAUGUGAAGGGUGUUGCUGCUGAUCUCAGUCACUGCAACACGCCUGCCCAAGUUUCAGAUUUCACUGGGGCGUCUGAACUUGCCGAUUGCUUGAAAGGUGUGAAUGUCGUUGUCAUUCCAGCUGGAGUCCCAAGAAAGCCCGGGAUGACCCGUGAUGAUCUCUUCAAUAUAAAUGCCAGCAUUGUAAAGACCUUGGUUGAAGCUGUUGCUGAUAACUGUCCUGAAGCCUUCAUCCAUGUCAUCAGCAACCCAGUCAACUCUACGGUGCCGAUUGCAGCUGAGGUUCUGAAGCAGAAGGGUGUUUAUGAUCCAAAGAAGCUGUUUGGUGUUACUACUCUCGAUGUUGUGAGGGCAAACACGUUUGUCGCUCAGAAGAAGAACCUGAGACUCAUUGAUGUUGAUGUCCCUGUUAUUGGAGGCCAUGCUGGGAUUACCAUCCUUCCUCUUCUGUCCAAGACAAAACCCUCAGUCAGUUUCACUGACGAGGAGAUCCAUGAGCUGACCGUGAGGAUUCAGAAUGCUGGAACUGAAGUAGUUGAGGCAAAAGCAGGUGCUGGCUCUGCUACACUGUCGAUGGCAUAUGCUGCAGCAAGAUUUGUGGAAUCUUCUCUCCGUGCACUUGAUGGAGAUGGUGAUGUGUAUGAGUGUGCAUAUGUGCAGUCCGAUGUUACUGAUUUGCCAUUCUUUGCAUCGAGGAUCAAGUUAGGGAAGAAAGGUGUUGAAGCUCUCAUUUCAUCGGACCUCCAGGGUCUUACCGAGUAUGAGCUUAAGGCAGUUGAAGCGCUCAAGGGUGAAUUGAAGUCUAGCAUUGAGAAGGGUAUUGGUUUUGCCCAGAAGCAGCCUGUCGCUGCUGCCUAAGUGGAGUCUGAAGUGUUGAAUUAAGUCUCUUAACAACAACAACAACAACAACAAAAAAUGGAACCAUCUCCCCAGUUUUAACCAAGGCGCUUUACCUGCAAGUUGAGUUUUUUACUUGGUUCUUUUGAGUUUUGUAGAAGUUUCCAACAUUUCAUUUCUCCAGUCUUGGAAGGACAUUUUUUGAAGAAAAUGUGAGAGUGGGUGAGAUACAUUACAAGUGUUGUAGUAGGUCCAGCCCUGGAGAGAGAAACAGCAGUGACAAUUAUGAUUUGUAAUAAAUAUGCAAAAGCAUGGUUGGUGAACCAUGGCAUCAUAAGUUACAAAACAGGGUAAAGGUUAAUGGGUCAACUGUUUUAGUCCGGUUUAAUUUGAAAAUAUAGAAAUAGUCAUCAAUUCAUUAUAUUGUGCUUAUCUUGAAUCCAACAUAGUAAAAAGUUUAACACUAC